AGAACGUCAUUGUCAAACAACUUACACGCUAUUUCAACAUUGUUGAAUUCAGGCCGCAUUCAAAAUUCGAGCAGAGAAUAAACAAAUGUGGAAGUUUACUUAAAGAAAUUCGCGAAUUGAUUGUUUUGAUCAAGAUGCCGGACGCAAAAAUCAAAAGUGUUGCACUUUGCAGUAGCGAAGAUAAGAAUUAUCCGGCCACAAAUCUGGUGAAUAGUCAAAAGAAAAAAUGGAAAUGUGAAGAGAUUGGAUGUGAAAAGGCGUUUGUUGUUCUACAAUUGGAGAAACCGACAAAAAUCAGUGGCAUUGAUGUUGGCAACGAACAUACAGCUAUCUUUGAUGUGUCAGUAGGUAGAGUGGGUUGGUCGUAUGACAAAUACAAGACAAUUUUGAUGUCAUCAUCGCUUAUGUCCGUAACGGAUAGUCGUGCAUCUGAAAAUCCUAAUCGCGUUCGUUGUUUUGGAAAAGACGCUCUCGAGCAGGAUGUUGUCAACGAAACAUGGGAAUUCGUGAAAUUUAAUUGCCAACAACCUUUCAACAAACAAGUUCAAUUCGGAUUAUCGUUUAUUGUGAUCCAUACACCAGACGCAACUUCAUCAGAAUGUGCAUCAAUGGGCAAUACAACGGAAACAGCAAGUCCAAAGAAGAAGAAGAAUUGUGACGAAACUUUAAACUUGCCAAAAACAAGCGUUUUCGCACAAUUCACGAUGCGAGAUGACUCAUCCGAUUCAUCAGAUAAGGAAGCGAGUUCAUUGUUUUCAAAAUGGAAGGAAGAAAAAAAUUCACCGGCCAAAGACAUAAACAACGGCAAACAAAGCGCGGCAGCAGCGAUAAGAGAUGCAUCGUCAUCAAAUUCAAAAUUGGAACAAUGUACGAAAAUCAAUCACAAAAUCGAAACACCAACGGGAAAAGCAAAGCGUUCAAUUGAUUUGGGUGAAACAGGUGCGAAAAGAGAGCGUAUUAAUCGAAAUCGUCCAGCGAUUAUGUAUGAUGAUGAAGAUGAGAACACAUCAAAGCCUAAAUUCGAAAAACUCAUCAACGAUGACAAAGAACGAAUUGAACGCGAGCGCAAGAAAGAGGAGAACAAGAAAGGCAAAAAAGACAUUUUACGCGAUGAUAAAAGCAAAAAGAAAAUGGAACAAUCGGCCGACAAGUUCAAAACAUUUUUGCAAACAGAUAUGGAAGACAAGGCAUCGCAUUCAUCGAAGACAAGUAGCACACACGUUGCUGCAAAAGAUGAAUAUAACAUCGAAGAUGAUGACGACGACGAUGAUGUGCUUGUAGUGAAGCAAAAAUCACCGGAAAAGUUUGAUAUUACUGCCGACAAAACCGACGACGAAGAAGGAAGUGAAAAAAAAGAAUCGCCCGCAAAAUUGACACCGGUAAACCCACAGGCAUCAAGUUCAAAAUCUCCACCACCUUGGGCAUUGAAAAAGAAGCGACCGUCAACAUCAAAUGAUACAAGUGCUAGUAAACGUAGCCGAAACUCUGAAUCCGAUGAUGAAACGGGUGGACUUUUACGUGGCGUGGUAUUCGUCAUCAGUGGCAUUCAGAAUCCACACCGUGGUGAGAUGCGAGAAAAAGGUGUCGAAAUGGGAGCGAAAUAUCAACCUGAUUGGAAUAAAUCGUGUACACAUUUAAUAUGUGCAUUCAAAAAUACGCCAAAAUACAAACAAGUGAAAGGGUCGGGUAUCAUUGUGAACAAAGAUUGGAUCGAUGACUGUUACGCACAGAAGAAGAAGUUGCCAUGGCAAGAUUAUCAACUCUGAGUACUCGAUGUUUUUAUUUUUAUUUUUUAUUCAUAUAGAAAAUGUGAUUUUUCUUGAACGAAUCAUAAUCAUAAACAUGCUUUAUAAGAAAGGGUUAAAUAAAAUCCCAUACUGUUUUUUAGUAUUAUUUGUCACAAAG